UCCCUCUCCCCGGCGGCGGCGGCGGGCGAACACCGAUCGAUCGCGAGCGGCAAUGUCGACCAAGUGCAUCAUCGGCGCCCUGGUUGGGUCCUUGGGAAUUGCGUAUGUCUGCGACACGAUCGUUUCUGACAAGAAGAUCUUCGGCGGCACCGUCUGCAAGACCGCGACCGACAAGGAGUGGUUUCAGGCCACGGACGCCAAGUUCCAGGCCUGGCCCCGUGUCGCCGGGCCGCCGGUCAUCAUGAACCCCAUCAGCCGCCAGAACUUCAUCGUCAAGGACCCCUGAAUAGGUGGCACGAGCGGCAUCUUGCUCCCACAGUGGGAGCAGCCCAAGUUUCUUUUCUAGGGUUUUGAAGUUUCAAAUAAAAGGGACUUUAAAGGCAGGGU